AUGCCGCCCACCGCCCUGCUCCUCCUCCUCCUCGGGCUCGCCCGCUCCGCUGCCCUGCAGAUUGCGAUCACGGGCAGUAACAGCGGCAUCGGCGCCUCCGCGUCCAAGAUGCUCCUCGAGCGCGGCCACAGCGUCAUCCACGCCUGCCGGACGGCCGAAGCAGCCGCAGAGGCGGUGGCGCUGGCGGGCGGAGGAGCACCGAUGGUGUGCGACCUGGCGGACCUUCAGUCUGUCCGCCGCUUUGCGGCUUCGCUCAGCGCCGAGGCGCCGGCGCUGGACGUGCUCUGCCUCAACGCGGGCGUGUCGCCCUCGCGGAAGGCAGAGGUGCCGGCGAGGACGCGGGACGGGUUCGAGGAGACGGUGGGCGUGAACCACAUCGGCCACUUUCUGCUCGCAAGCCUGCUCGAGCCCGUGCUCACGCGCAGCGAAGGCACCGUCGUCGUCACCGCCUCGGGCGUGCAUGAUCCGGACGCGCCAGGAGGGACAGGCGACCCGGCGACCGGAGCGACGUUGGGAGAUCUCUCCGGGCUUGGGGCGGUGGACGGUGGCGGCGCGGUGAUGGUGGACGGCGCGACGGCGUACUGCGGCGCAAAGGCGUACCACGACUCGAAGCUGUGCAACGUGCUCUUCGCGGCCGAGGCGGCGAGGCGGUGGGGAGGCGGCGGGGUGGCGGUGCGGGCCUUCAACCCGGGCCUCAUCACGAGCACGGGCCUCUUCCGCGCCGCGCGGCGAGACAACUUCCUGAGCGCCGCGCUCUUCUCCUUCGUCGCGACCAGCGUGGCCCGCUUCUCGCAACCGGUCGAGGUGGGAGGGGCGCGGCUUGCGUACCUCGCCACCGCACCCGAGGAAGAGGUGCCGCCGGGCUCGUACCUCUCCGCGCCGGCGGCGACGAGUGCCGCCGCCACGGUGGCCGACGGCUUCGGGCCGGCGGCGGUGUCGCGGGAGGCGCAGGACAAAGAGCUGGCGGCGAGGUUGUGGGAGAGGAGCAGCGCAGUAGUCGGGCUGGGUGUGGGAGUGUGA